AAGAAAGGUCUGAUCUUUUGAGUUAGAAGAGCGAGAAACACUUUUUAUGAUCAUCAUCCCUGUUUGGGUUGAGGUGGGUGAAAGAUGGCGACUUCUGAUGAAAAGCAGGCGCACGAUCAAGAUGAGUUCAUCUCUUUGGAGCUUCCCGCACCCUCUUCUUGGAAGAAACUGGAUCAAAUCAAAUUGGGGUACAGGGGAAACUCCUAGGAGGUCAACAAGGAUCAUUGAAAAGAGCAAGUCAAGACCAUCAUUGACUUCAGAGAUUGAGACACACAAGAAACGGCGCCGGACUUCCUCUGGGAGAAAGAAGGACAUCAAGGACACGGAGGAAGAAGUAGGAGGGGAAGAUCCCGAAGCUGCAAAAGAAGAAACAGAUGUUGAGGGAAAGAAAGAAGUGAACUCCGCUAAGGAGGAAGUGGUGGACAACAAAGACGAUGAAAUACCAAAAGAGGAGUCCAUUGAGUCUAAGGAAUCAUCCCAGUUUGAAGCAGACCCUAAAGAUGACGAGGAUAGAAAAAUGACAGAGGUUAGUCCGGUCAAAGAAGCAGCGGCUGGAGAUAAAAAUCAGUCAGAGGCGGUCAAGUUGGAGGAAAAUGGUAUUAGCCAAGAUGAAACCAAGAAGGGAACUGCUGAGGCUAAAAAUGUGGAGGCACACCAAUUAUCCCCGAGCAAGGAGUUUCCGGUUCAAACUAAAGAAUGCCAUGAAAGUGAAAAAGAUGUGGAUACUGAAAAUAAUGAUAAUGAGAAAAAGAAAGAAGCAGUGAUAGAAAAUAGUGUUGUAGUUAGUCAGGCUGGGUUCACAAAUGCCCCCUCUCCUGCACCUAUUAGCUGCUGAAUGAAUGGGUUUACCUCUCAUCUUAUGUGUCUUUGUAGCACUGUCUUCCAUCUUUUUGGAUGACUGUAUGUAAUUACUGAGCGUCAUAGAUGUGUAGUUUUCAGGAUUCAAGUUUUUAUUUUCAUGAUAGGCUGACUUGUGUUUCGAGUUUCCACAUGUGUAUCAACUCUUGUAGUAGUUUUACUUGUCACUAAUAAUUGAUAUAAGAAGUCUUUUAAAAUGUCAAAUAGUUGUGGA